AUGCGGCCCAUCCCAGAGACAAAGACUCGAUGGGAAGCCACUCUCGCCAACAAUGCCAGCUUAUCAGACCUCAGGACUGCGAUAAAAGAUGGGGGCUCGAGUAGCCCUUGCGCCAUUGGGCUACGUUCAAUAUGCUGGAAGGCGUUCCUUCUGUUCAAGAGUCUCGAAAAGUCAGCAUGGGCCAAACCUCUCUCCGACUCCAGAAGUGCAUAUAUAUCUCUGAGAGAACAUUUCCUUACAAAUAUCGAGAACCCCGAUGAUCUAUCAGCCGAAGACCCUUUGACAGAUACCGAGACGUCUCCUUGGAAUACUCUACGCCUGGAUGAGGAACUUCGAGCCGAGAUUUUUCAAGAUGUGGAGCGAUGUAUGCCGGAAAACCUGUACUUUCGGGAGCCGAACACUCAAAAAAUGCUACUUGAUAUUCUAUUCAUAUACUGCAAGCUCAAUCGAGAUAUUGGCUACCGACAAGGCAUGCAUGAGGUCCUAGCGCCUAUUCUCUGGGUCGUCUCACGUGAUGCUAUCGAUUCCCAAAGCCUAGGGCCGGACCACGCCGACCUUGAUGGUCUGACGUUGGCAUCUCUAGACAACAGAUACGUCGAACAUGAUGCUUUCACGCUUUUUGCGGCCAUCAUGCAGACCGUCAAGACGUUCUACGAGAUGGGUAGCAACAACGAGCCGGCAACAGCAGGCUUACUCAACAAUUCGCCCAUAGUGGAGCGAAGUAAACGUAUACACGAGAACUAUUUACACCACGCGGACCCUGAGCUUGCGGAACAUUUGACAGCCAUUGAGAUUCUCCCGCAGAUAUUUCUGAUCAGAUGGGUUCGACUCUUGUUUGGGAGAGAAUUCCCCUUUGAAGACGUUCUUGCUCUUUGGGACAUUUUGUUUGCCGAAGACCCAGCACUGGAUUUGGUAGACAUGAUCUCCGUAAGCAUGCUUCUGCGUAUACGAUGGCAGCUCCUUGAAGCAGACUAUUCUGCAGCGUUGACACUGCUACUACGGUAUCCUGUUCCCACAGCUCCCUGCGGACCAUCUACUUUCGUUGGAGACGCUUUGUAUCUGCGCGAGAACCUCCUGCUUGACGGAGGCGACUACAUUAUUUCUAAGUACUCUAGGAGGGCACCUGAGACUACAGUGACACGCAAGCUUCCGAAGAAAGUUAGACGCGCAAGGACUGCGGAGCAGACAGCGGCUCAAAAGACGCUGCCUUCCCAGAAGGCUUUAAGUCCGCGACUAUCGCCUGCUAGAAUUCUGCAACAUCAGGGUGGAAUCGAAGGCAUGAUUCACGAAGCGGCUAAAGGUGUUUAUAAUCAAGGUGAGAGAUGGGGAGUGGCUAAAGCGUUACGUGGCGCUGUGCAAGGCCUCCAGUCCGGCAACAACUCGCCUAGGCGACUACCGGAGAAGUCUCGGUGGUCCCUCGACAGCGGCAAAAUUAUUUCUGACAGUCCAAAAGACUUGAUUACAAAGAUUCAAUAUCUUGAAGGUCGCAACAAAUCAUUAGCAAAGUUGCUGGAGAAGGCCAUGGAGGAACUUUGGACUCAGCAGAGGGAAAUGAACCAGGAGCCAAAUGAGACGACGGCAGAUGUCUUGAGCUUAGCCAUAGCGAAAGUGCAGUUUGUGCAAGUCUACCUUGAGAAUCCGACAAUGCCACUGCCUUCCGAGAACCUUUCGCGCGAAGAGACAAAAGACGACGCCGCCGUUGAAACGGACGCGGGAUUGACUUCAUCAACUCCUGGAUCGCCAUCAUGUCAGAUCCAGAGCGACGGAGCGACUGAUGAAAAGAGUGGCAGCGAAGGUAUCCACACAGCUGAAACAGUGGAUUCCUCUGUCCAGCGGUCGGCACCCGCUCCGGUUAAACCCCUUCCAUCUACGCCCAAUGUCGCCAGUCCGUCCAAAACCUCUGGUCUAUCACCAUUCUCGCAGCCUCGCCCAGCGCUUGCCCAGUCGUCUUUCUCCUGGAUGCUAGGUGAAGAUCAGCAAAAGUCCGGCUUCGUCUCUGCGUCGCCAUUUUCAUCGGAGAGAUCAGACAGGCGACGGAAAGGGGUCCAGCUAUUUGGAGAUGAGAAGCGGGAAGGCAGCAGGAACCGGAGAGGCUCAAGACCGAAUGGUCACGGCGAUAAUAGCGAUGAUGAUGGGGAUGUAUUUACUAUGGGAACCCUCAAGGGAGGAAAGCUGAGGUGA